GUGAAAAAUGGUACAUAUGCUGUACAUAUAUAUUCACGGAUCACACACGUAAGAGUCGACAGCGCGAACAAGAGUGCUUAUACUAUGCGUUUAACGAGCACCCUUGUAUGUGUUAGAACAUAGCAAGUACAUCAUGUCAGACUCCCAAGAGGACACGGAAACCAUACUGCGCGACGGUAAUAGCACUACAGUCGAUGAGACAUCAUUUGACCCUGACACUACACAUAAUGCAUCUGACUCUGAAUCGACACAUAAGGCAUCUACAUCUAAUACACCCUCACGUGAUAUAACAGAUAUAGACACGGGCCAUAACACACAAAAAAAAGUAGAGAAAGGAAAAGGGUCUACAUCUAGUGCACCCGUAGGCGACAAAAUUAAAACAAACGCAAAUUACGACACAAGAACACAAUCCGAGAAGGGGAUGGGGAAAUCGAAUCUGCAUGGAGGCCAGCAUCUGGAUGGCAAUGUAGCUGUACUGGAAGAGGAUCUGGAUAAGCCACCGAAUAAGAAUCUGGUGCAAAUGAGCACAGCUCAGGCCAUAGACAAACAGCCUGUGUAUAGUGGUACUACGCAUGCAGGCACACGUUAUGAGAUCCGAAACGAGGACAGAAACAACAAUGGUGCUGAUCUAGGGCCGAGAUACGCUCACCUGUGGUGGUGGCCAUUCCCCAUACAAGGACAGCGUGUGCCGUUGUGUGGGUUCUGUCGUAUCAACGCAGGAGAAGGGCUGGACAAGUUAGACGAUCCCAUGAAGUACAACGCCUGCCAUCCCUGGUGGUUUAUGUGGGUCGUCUGUGGAGCGGACCAGCGCACGAUUGCUCUGGAACAGAAUGAUAAUAUGAAGAAUAUGUGCGAGGAGAACGAGUGGGAAUAUCCGCCAGUUGGUCGGAAAAGGAGAUAUGAUGUGGAGAAAGACGUCCACCAACCAGAAAUAAGCAUCAGUUAUGGGAGGUCUAAAGUGAACGCUAUAAACCUCUUUGACUUCAAGGUCAUACCUGCACUACUUAGGUAUGCGUUCAAGGUCAACAUCUCGCUAUUCCUCAUGUGCCUGGCUCUGUGUCUGAGCUUCUCCACGGUGGUAUAUCUGAUUGUGGUGUAUGGGCUUGUGCCGUUGGGUGACGACCCGUCCAACUGCGCGAGUUUUAAGUUUGAGGCCGUGUGGAUCUUCUUCACCAAUCCGUUCCAUGAAGUCACCAUUGGAUUCUGUCAUAGCAUCCUUCUGUAUAUGUGCUUGGAUGAAAUGCAGCCCUGGCGGCCGUUCAAGUUCUACGGGCCCCUCCUGGUGAUCAUUUAUGUCGUGCAGACGGCUGUGUUCGCCGUCACCGGCGCCACUAUAGGCACGUACAAGUUCCAGGGAGUGUUAAUGCGAGCAAUCACGCUGUGCUGCGAGCUAGCGUACCAUAAUUUCCUUAAGUACCGUAUCAUCACCUUCCGCGAGAACGACGCCACAGAGCCAACGGAAUCACAGCUGAGUCGCUUCUCUGCGUUCAACCUGUACUUGUUUUUCGAGUUCCUGCUGUUUGUUAUGUACGCGUGCUACGUGGUGGCCACCAUCGAACUGGACGGCAAUCUGCUCACCGCUAUCAAUUUGGCUGUGGUCAUACUCACAAUGAUUCUACGGGCGAUCCUACAGAGUCUCCUGAUUCCUUUCCAUAAGGACAUGCAGUUUAUCGUCACCUUCAUCACCGUGUACGGAUUUAAGGCCAGUUACACGGCCUUUUUAGCGCCUAAUUUCGGGUCCAGUGUGGGUGCGUACAUGACCGCAGCCAUCACGCCCUUGACCUCUGUGCUCUUGGCGUUCCUGCAUCAUUCAGAGCUCUGGUUCAGGUUCAGAUGCUGGAUUAAAACCGUGUACACCGGCCCCUUCUGCAUGAAGACCAAAUCCAAGGCACUCGCGGUGUUCGAGGACUUCAACUUCAACGGACGCGGCAACAAGAACGAUCUGCCUGCCUAUCAGCGCACAAAGGUCCACAACGACUUCCUGGAGAUUUAUGCGCAGCUGUGCGGCUAUAUAAUUUACCUGUUGGUGUCGCCUGUGCUGCGAUAUGGUAUGGAUAUAUACAUCUAUAUUUAA